AUGACUGGACGCGAGCAAGACUUCUCAACUAAAAACUAUCGGAUAAUCUCACCUCCAAAGAGAAAAGAACGGUAUGCGAGUAGCAACAAUAGUGGACUGUUGGCCCUGUGGCGACUUGAUAACAAUCCGAAGCAUACUGGUUCCACUGAUACUGAUCUGUAUUCAUUCCGCAUUCGGGUGCAGAUUCUUAUAAUAGUGAACUCAAUUCCCAGCGCGGGACAGCCGAUGCACAUCUCGCUACUUCUACGAUUCGCGGGGAGUACGAGUCAAAGUGCAUCUGAUGGCGUGGAUUUCGUAAUACGACCCAAAAAAACUCAAUAUCCAGUUGACGAAAUCACGAAUUCAUUCGAGGCAAUGGAUACCCAUUUUCUUCGACAUCGAAAUCUCCUGUUAGCUAUCAUUACUCCACGAAGACAACAAAUAAGAGACUUCUACGAGACAGAUGUAUCCUUGGCUGCGAUGGUUUGCGCAAUAACCGAGACCAAGUUGGUCGCUCUCAAUCUCACUUUGCGCGCCUUUCCUCUACGCGCCACCGACAAUUGUCCAUCGGCACAAGAAAUCUUUUCAUCCGUCCUCUCCAUCAACGGCACGGAAUUAUUUCACCAGUCGUUCAUUUGCGCCGAUGGGAAAUUCACGACUAACGCGACGACCAGCUCCAGUGUUUUCUCCUCGAUUCCUACCGGAAGGCGAUCCUUACUGGAGACGCGAGGUACUAUAGAGUGUGAAGAUCGACAAACCAUGGGUGAAUGCCGCUGUGGAGAAGAAUACGGCCCUAAUCCACCUGCAGUGUCCGACUGUUCAUUGCUACUUGACUCCAUUACUUCAGCAGGCGGAAGCGACCGUACAUUUACCGUUCCGCCUAAUGGACUUGAGCGUAUCGUCUUGCAAACUUGCGAGCUCGCGUUUAUCAACAUGCAGGAUAUUGCUAUUGAAUACUGCUGGGAUGAUUUUCAUUUUAUCGGAGAGCAAGCAUUGUUACAAUGUAUUACCGAUGAUGAGGAGAAUGGUGUUGUGAGUGGAUUGUGUAUCUCAACUGGUAAUCAAUACAACGUUCAACUGGGUGCCUCAGUCAUUUUUGGCUAG